AACUCCUGUCAUCACCGCACGGGCAAGAGCAACCACCUCUCUGUCCAUCUGUCUUUGCCCACCAGCCACCCAUCCAGCCAGCCAGCCAGCCAGCCACCACCAGCCCCGUCUGUCUGUACGCCUGUCUGUUCCCAUCAUCGCUUGCCCCGCCCAGCCGCUCUCACAGACUCUCACAUUCACCCCAGCAUCCACGCCGUCAGGUCCUCCUCUCCUCGCGCUCCUCGAGAACACCACGCCUGACUUUCAACGCGGCAGCGGCAACACUCAGUUUCUGUAAGAUGGCGCGAACCGGGUUCCUGGUGGUGGUGGUGGCGCUGGUGGUGUUGGCGGCAGCAGUGUGUCAAGCCCGCUACCUCCCCACCAGGGCAGAUGACUCUCGCCUCGACGAAAUUAGGGAACUGCUGAGGGAGCUGCUGGAGAGAACGGCUGAGGGCGGCGUAGGCGGUAGCAGCAGCAGCAGCGGCAGGAUGGCUUAUGACAAGAGAUUCCUGUUCAAGCGAGCCGCCCCCGUGGAAGUCGCCGGCGGGGAGGUGGUAGAACCCCUCCUGAACCUGCCACAGUAACUCCUCCACUCCUCCACUCCUCCACCACAGUCCCUCCUCCACCCUCACGUACCUCCACCUCAGCACAGUGUGGGAGAAUAUUAUUAUUAUUUUUUUUUGUAAGUGGAAGGAAGGAGGCGAGUGAAGGGCGCGAAGUAUGACAGAUUAAGCCCUCCCUCCUCCUUCUCCUCCUCCUCUUCCUCCUCCUCCUUCUUCUCCUCCUUCUCCUCUUCCUCCUUUCACUUUCUUCUUCCUUAUUCUCAUCCUCCUUCCUUAUAUACUAACCUCCUCCUCUUCCUUCUGUUCCUCCUUCAGUGGUGAGGGAGACUAGUAGUACUCUCCUCCUCCUCCUCCUCCUCCUCCUCCUCCUCCUCCUACAAUUCCACGCCCUUCCCUUCCCUCUCUUGUAAUUUCCUGUUCCUCCUUCCUUCCUUCUUUCCUUCCUACAAACAUUCACCCAAAUAAUAUUCUUCUAUUUACUUUUUCCUCCCCUCCCUCUCCCUUCUACCUUUUCCUCCCUUUCCUCCUCUCCCUUCCUCAAAAUCUACCCUCCCUUUACACAAUUACUUCCUUUCUUCCCUCUCAUCUCCCUCCCCUCAUCCCUCUCCAUCUCCAUCCCCUCCACCGCUACCACCACCACCACCUCCACCACCACUAGAGGACCUCCACCAACAAUCAAAUCUCCGCCACCAAAUCUCCACCACGAAGAGAACCAGUGUCCUCCACCUCAUCUCCACAACGGUGUUCUCCACUACCUCCACCCGACGGUUCUCCACUCACGGCUUCCACUUCUCAAAAAAGAAAGAGAAAAGUGGAUGUUCUUUUUUUCUCUUUCUUUCUCUCUUUCUUAUAUUUUCUCUAAAUAAUUUUGGGUGUCCAUGUAUAAAUAUGUAUAUAAUGUAUGACUCCUCCUCCUCCUCCUCCUCCUUCUCCUCCUCCUCCUCCUCCUUUUCCUCCUCCUCAUCCUCCUCCUCUCUUUCUUUCUCUCUCCUCCUCGCUGAAAUAAAGCGAGAGUAGAGGGAGCUUUAAAAAAUUAUGAAAUUACAUGAAACUUGUAACCUUUCUCUCUCUCUCUCUCUCUCUCUCUCUCUCUCUCUCUCUCUCUCUCUCUCUCUCUCUCUCUCUCUCUCAUCCCUCCAUUUUCUCUCCUCCCUUUCCUCCCUCACCACAAUGGAGGAAAACCACUCCUUCUCCUCCUCCUCUUCCUCCUCCUCAUCCUCCUUCUGUGUAUUCCUUUAUAUUCCUUUCUGUUCCUUCUCCCACACGCAUACCACCAAUAAUAAUAAUAAUAAUAAUAAUAAUAAUAAUAAUAAUAAUAAUAAUAACAAUAAUAAAAAUAAA